AGCGUUUUCCCGGCGCCUGGGUCCGCGUGGGCGCCUGGCAGCCCACCGGGGCCCACUCCCCGCGGAGAGGAGGCGCCCAGGUUAUCGCCUCAGGGCGGACGGCCUGGCUCGCGGUGGCCCCGGGGCCGAAGACCAGCCCGAGCCUCCUCUCGUCUCCCUGGCUGCGGCGGCGACAGUAGCAGCGCCCGCGGCUGCGUGCUCGGCUGUCGCAGCGAUGCCAGCUCGUGGAGGCGAGCGCGCUGCUGCAGGGUAACAUCUGGACUGGGCUCCCGGACCCUCGGAUGCUCGGCUGCUGGCAAGUUCCUGGAUCGACUUGUUGAAAACAGCAUUGCUGCUGAAGGCUUCUCAGAUGCUUCAGGCUAUUUUCAGGGACACUGAUUCUUUACAUAAACCGAGAAUUUAGACGUUUUAGGUGAGAGUCAUCACUUCAUCUGGGAAAAUGGUGGCCCUGUCCUUAAAGAUUUGUGUCCGCCACUGCAAUGUGGUGAAGACCAUGCAGUUUGAACCGUCUACAGCCGUGUACGAUGCGUGUCGAGUCAUUCGGGAACGGGUACCCGAGGCACAAACUGGCCAAGCUUCUGACUAUGGGCUGUUUCUCUCGGAUGAAGACCCUAGGAAAGGAAUUUGGCUGGAAGCGGGCAGAACACUGGAUUACUACAUGUUGCGAAAUGGGGAUAUUUUGGAAUAUAAAAAGAAACAGAGACCUCAGAAAAUCCGCAUGCUGGAUGGAUCUGUGAAAACAGUGAUGGUGGACGACUCCAAGACCGUGGGGGAACUCCUGGUUACUAUCUGCAGCAGGAUAGGAAUAACAAACUACGAAGAAUACUCUUUAAUCCAAGAAACCAUCGAAGAAAAGAAAGAAGAGGGGACGGGUACGCUAAAAAAAGACAGGACGCUGUUACGAGACGAGAGGAAGAUGGAGAAGUUGAAGGCCAAGCUUCACACGGAUGAUGACCUAAAUUGGCUGGAUCACAGCCGAACGUUCAGAGAACAAGGAGUGGAUGAAAAUGAGACGUUGCUGCUGAGACGGAAGUUCUUUUACUCUGAUCAGAACGUGGACUCGAGAGACCCCGUGCAGCUGAACUUGCUCUAUGUCCAGGCUCGAGACGAUAUCCUGAACGGCUCCCACCCUGUCUCCUUCGAGAAAGCUUGUGAGUUUGGUGGAUUUCAAGCCCAGAUACAAUUUGGACCUCAUGUGGAGCACAAACACAAGCCUGGAUUCUUAGAUCUGAAGGAAUUCCUGCCCAAAGAAUACAUUAAGCAGAGAGGAGCUGAAAAGAGAAUAUUUCAGGAGCACAAGAGCUGUGGAGAGAUGAGCGAAAUAGAAGCCAAGGUCAAGUACGUCAAACUCGCCCGGUCCCUGCGGACGUACGGCGUGUCCUUCUUCUUGGUGAAGGAAAAGAUGAAAGGCAAGAACAAGUUGGUGCCUCGCCUGCUGGGGAUCACCAAGGACUCGGUGAUGCGCGUGGAUGAGAAGACCAAGGAAGUGCUGCAGGAGUGGCCCCUCACCACGGUCAAGCGCUGGGCAGCCUCACCCAAGAGCUUCACACUGGAUUUUGGGGAGUAUCAGGAAAGCUACUAUUCAGUACAGACCACUGAGGGGGAGCAGAUAUCCCAGCUGAUUGCCGGCUACAUUGACAUCAUCCUCAAAAAGAAACAAAGUAAAGACAGAUUUGGACUAGAGGGCGACGAGGAGUCAACUAUGUUAGAAGAAUCCGUUUCUCCCAAAAAGUCCACCAUCCUGCAGCAGCAGUUCAAUCGGACCGGAAAGGUGGAGCACGGCUCGGUGGCGCUGCCGGCCGUGAUGCGCUCAGGCUCCAGCGGGCCCGAGACCUUCAACGUGGGCAGCAUGCCCUCCCCGCAGCAGCAGGUCACGGUGGGGCAGAUGCACCGGGGCCACAUGCCCCCGCUGACCUCGGCCCAGCAGGCCCUCCUGGGGACCAUCAACACGAGCAUGCACGCCGUCCAGCAGGCCCAGGACGACCUCAGCGAGCUUGACUCCCUGCCACCCCUCGGCCAGGAUAUGGCGUCUAGGGUGUGGGUUCAGAAUAAAGUCGACGAAUCCAAACACGAAAUCCACUCUCAAGUCGAUGCCAUCACAGCUGGAACAGCUUCAGUUGUUAACCUCACAGCCGGUGACCCUGCGGACACCGACUACACAGCUGUGGGCUGUGCCAUCACCACCAUCUCCUCCAACCUGACGGAGAUGUCCAAGGGCGUGAAGCUGUUGGCGGCCCUCAUGGACGACGAGGUGGGCAGUGGGGAGGACUUGCUCAGGGCUGCGAGGACCCUGGCCGGGGCAGUGUCGGACUUGCUGAAAGCUGUGCAGCCUACUUCCGGAGAGCCUCGACAGACCGUGCUGACCGCUGCCGGGAGCAUCGGACAAGCCAGUGGGGACCUUCUGCGGCAGAUUGGAGAGAAUGAGACGGAUGAGCGCUUCCAAGAUGUUUUAAUGAGUUUGGCCAAAGCCGUUGCCAAUGCAGCCGCCAUGUUGGUACUAAAGGCAAAGAAUGUUGCCCAAGUGGCUGAAGACACGGUCCUGCAGAACAGGGUGAUUGCCGCCGCCACCCAGUGCGCCCUCUCCACCUCCCAGCUUGUGGCCUGUGCCAAGGUCGUGAGCCCCACCAUCAGCUCCCCUGUGUGCCAGGAGCAGCUGAUUGAAGCAGGGAAGCUCGUGGACCGCUCAGUGGAGAACUGUGUCCGCGCCUGCCAGGCGGCCACCGACGACAGCGAGCUGCUGAAGCAGGUCAGCGCGGCGGCCAGUGUGGUCAGCCAGGCCCUCCACGACCUCCUGCAACACGUGCGGCAGUUUGCCAGCCGAGGCGAGCCCAUCGGCCGCUACGACCAGGCGACCGACACCAUCAUGUGUGUCACCGAGAGCAUCUUCAGCUCCAUGGGCGAUGCUGGUGAGAUGGUGCGCCAGGCCCGGGUCCUGGCUCAGGCCACCUCGGACCUUGUCAACGCCAUGAGGUCAGAUGCGGAAGCAGAAAUCGACAUGGAGAACUCAAAGAAGCUUCUGGCAGCAGCAAAACUCUUGGCUGACUCCACUGCUCGCAUGGUGGAGGCUGCAAAGGGGGCUGCAGCCAACCCUGAGAACGAGGACCAGCAGCAAAGACUGAGGGAGGCUGCAGAAGGUCUCCGGGUGGCCACCAACGCUGCGGCCCAGAAUGCUAUUAAGAAAAAAAUCGUCAAUCGACUGGAGGUUGCAGCCAAGCAGGCCGCAGCUGCAGCCACGCAGACCAUCGCUGCCUCUCAGAACGCGGCCGUGUCCAACAAGAACCCCGCGGCCCAGCAGCAGCUGGUCCAGAGCUGCAAGGCAGUGGCUGAUCACAUUCCUCAGCUGGUCCAGGGGGUCAGGGGGAGCCAAGCCCAAGCAGAAGACCUCAGUGCCCAGCUAGCUCUCAUCAUCUCCAGCCAGAACUUUCUCCAGCCUGGGAGCAAGAUGGUGUCCUCUGCCAAAGCUGCAGUGCCCACCGUGAGCGACCAGGCUGCGGCCAUGCAGCUGAGCCAGUGUGCCAAGAACCUCGCCACCAGCCUGGCAGAGCUGCGUACCGCCUCGCAGAAGGCCCAUGAAGCCUGUGGUCCAAUGGAAAUCGAUUCAGCUCUGAGCACGGUGCAGACGCUGAAGAGUGAGCUGCAGGACGCCAAGGUGGCUGCUGUGGACAGUCAGCUGAAACCACUCCCAGGGGAGACUCUGGAAAAAUGUGCUCAGGACCUGGGAAGUACAUCUAAGGCAGUGGGCUCCUCCAUGGCGCAGCUCCUGACCUGUGCCGCUCAAGGCAACGAGCACUACACAGGGGUGGCUGCUAGGGAGACGGCCCAAGCUCUGAAAACUCUGGCGCAGGCUGCCCGGGGAGUGGCGGCAUCGACAAGUGACCCCACGGCUGCGCAUGCCAUGUUAGAUUCUGCUCGGGACGUGAUGGAGGGCUCGGCCAUGCUCAUCCAAGAAGCCAAGCAGGCCCUGAUUGCACCAGGGGAUGCAGACAGUCAGCAGAGACUAGCCCAGGUGGCCAAAGCCGUCUCUCACUCCCUGAAUAACUGCGUGAAUUGCCUCCCUGGGCAGAAGGAUGUGGACGUGGCCUUGAAGAGCAUCGGGGAGUCGAGCAAGAAGCUGCUGGUGGACUCGUUACCUCCAAGCACGAAGCCUUUCCAGGAAGCCCAGAGCGAACUGAACCAAGCAGCGGCCGAUCUGAACCAGUCUGCCGGGGAGGUGGUCCACGCCACCCGGGGCCAGAGCGGAGAGCUGGCCGCUGCCUCCGGGAAGUUCAGCGAUGAUUUCGACGAGUUCCUCGAUGCCGGCAUUGAGAUGGCAGGCCAGGCUCAGACGAAAGAAGACCAGAUCCAAGUGAUAGGGAACCUCAAGAAUAUCUCGAUGGCAUCCAGCAAGCUGCUGCUAGCUGCCAAGUCUCUCUCUGUAGAUCCUGGGGCGCCCAACGCGAAAAAUCUCCUGGCUGCAGCUGCGAGAGCUGUGACUGAGAGCAUCAAUCAGCUCAUCACGCUGUGCACCCAGCAAGCUCCUGGCCAGAAGGAGUGUGACAAUGCCCUGCGGGAGCUCGAGACUGUCAAGGGGAUGUUGGACAACCCUAAUGAACCCGUUAGUGACCUCUCUUACUUUGACUGCAUUGAGAGUGUGAUGGAAAAUUCCAAGGUUCUGGGAGAGUCGAUGGCAGGGAUUUCGCAGAACGCCAAGACCGGGGACCUCCCUGCCUUUGGGGAGUGUGUGGGGAUUGCGUCCAAGGCUCUCUGCGGACUGACGGAGGCCGCAGCCCAGGCUGCAUACCUCGUUGGCAUCUCUGAUCCAAACAGCCAGGCGGGCCACCAGGGCCUCGUGGACCCCAUCCAGUUUGCCAGGGCUAACCAGGCUAUCCAGAUGGCAUGCCAGAACCUGGUGGACCCCGGCAGCAGCCCGUCACAGGUUCUGUCAGCUGCCACGAUUGUCGCCAAGCACACCUCAGCCUUGUGCAAUGCCUGCCGCAUCGCCUCGUCCAAGACGGGCAACCCCGUGGCCAAGAGGCACUUUGUCCAGUCAGCCAAGGAAGUCGCCAACAGCACCGCCAACCUGGUGAAGACCAUCAAGGCUCUGGACGGGGAUUUCUCUGAAGACAACCGCAAUAAAUGUCGCAUUGCCACCGCACCCUUAAUCGAAGCCGUGGAGAACUUGACAGCGUUUGCAUCCAACCCUGAGUUUGUCAGCGUUCCUGCCCAGAUCAGCUCUGAGGGCUCCCAGGCACAGGAACCAAUCCUGGUCUCAGCCAAGACCAUGCUGGAGAGCUCAUCAUACCUCAUCCGCACUGCACGCUCACUGGCCAUCAACCCCAAAGACCCGCCCACCUGGUCUGUGCUGGCGGGACAUUCCCACACCGUGUCUGACUCUAUCAAGAGUCUCAUCACGUCUAUCAGGGACAAGGCCCCUGGACAGAGGGAGUGUGACUACUCCAUCGAUGGCAUCAACCGGUGCAUCCGGGACAUCGAGCAGGCCUCGCUGGCAGCUGUCAGCCAGAGCCUGGCCACAAGGGAUGACAUCUCCGUGGAGGCCCUGCAGGAGCAGCUGACUUCAGUGGUCCAGGAGAUCGGGCACCUUAUCGAUCCCAUUGCCACGGCGGCUCGGGGAGAGGCAGCUCAGCUGGGACAUAAGGUGACACAGCUGGCAAGCUACUUCGAGCCCCUGAUCUUAGCUGCAGUGGGCGUUGCCUCCAAGAUUCUGGACCAUCAGCAGCAGAUGACGGUGCUGGACCAGACCAAGACGCUCGCAGAGUCUGCCCUGCAGAUGCUGUAUGCGGCCAAGGAAGGCGGAGGAAACCCCAAGGCACAGCACACCCACGACGCCAUCACGGAGGCCGCCCAGCUCAUGAAGGAGGCAGUGGACGACAUCAUGGUGACACUGAAUGAAGCUGCCAGUGAAGUGGGGUUGGUGGGAGGCAUGGUCGACGCCAUUGCAGAGGCCAUGAGCAAGCUGGAUGAAGGCACUCCUCCAGAACCAAAGGGGACGUUUGUCGACUAUCAGACGACGGUGGUUAAAUACUCCAAAGCCAUUGCGGUAACAGCUCAGGAAAUGAUGACUAAGUCGGUUACUAACCCGGAGGAGUUGGGAGGACUGGCUUCACAAAUGACCAGUGACUAUGGGCACCUGGCUCUCCAGGGCCAGAUGGCAGCAGCCACGGCGGAACCAGAGGAGAUCGGCUUCCAGAUUCGCACUCGGGUGCAGGACCUGGGCCACGGCUGCAUCUUCCUGGUGCAGAAGGCGGGGGCCCUCCAGGUGUGCCCGACGGACAGCUACACCAAGAGGGAGCUGAUCGAGUGUGCCCGCGCUGUCACGGAGAAGGUGUCCUUGGUGCUGUCAGCUCUUCAGGCUGGGAACAAGGGGACCCAGGCAUGUAUUACAGCUGCCACUGCCGUGUCCGGGAUCAUCGCCGACCUGGACACCACCAUUAUGUUUGCAACUGCAGGGACCCUGAAUGCAGAGAACAACGAGACCUUUGCAGAUCACAGGGAGAACAUUUUGAAGACAGCCAAGGCCUUGGUGGAAGACACAAAAUUGCUGGUGUCAGGGGCCGCAUCCACUCCAGAAAAGCUGGCCCAGGCAGCCCAGUCCUCAGCAGCCACCAUCACCCAGCUCGCCGAGGUGGUCAAGCUGGGGGCCGCCAGCCUGGGCUCUGACGACCCGAGACCCAGGUGGUGUUGAUCAAUGCCAUCAAAGACGUGGCCAAGGCCCUUUCAGAUCUCAUUGGUGCCACCAAGGGAGCUGCCAGCAAGCCUGCCGACGACCCCUCCAUGUACCAGCUCAAGGGGGCCGCCAAGGUGAUGGUGACCAAUGUCACCUCCCUCCUCAAGACUGUGAAGGCGGUGGAGGAUGAGGCCACGCGGGGCACACGGGCGCUUGAGGCCACCAUCGAAUACAUGAAGCAGGAGCUCACAGUAUUCCAGUCAAAAGAGGUACCUGAAAAGACGUCAUCACCUGAAGAAUCCAUCAGGAUGACGAAAGGCAUCACCAUGGCAACAGCCAAAGCCGUGGCCGCUGGGAACUCGUGUCGACAGGAGGACGUGAUUGCCACCGCCAACCUGAGCCGGAAGGCCGUGUCGGAUAUGUUGACGGCCUGCAAGCAAGCAUCCUUCCACCCUGAUGUCAGCGAGGAGGUGCGCACCAGAGCAUUGCGGUACGGGACGGAGUGCACCCUCGGCUACCUGGACCUUCUCGAGCACGUCUUGGUGAUUCUUCAGAAGCCAACCCCGGAACUCAAGCACCAGCUGGCUGCUUUCUCCAAGCGGGUCGCCGGCGCCGUGACCGAGCUCAUCCAGGCAGCGGAGGCCAUGAAAGGAACAGAGUGGGUGGACCCAGAAGACCCAACCGUCAUUGCAGAAACAGAAUUACUGGGGGCCGCGGCGUCCAUUGAGGCUGCUGCUAAGAAGUUAGAGCAGCUGAAGCCAAGAGCAAAACCAAAACAAGCGGAUGAGACCCUGGAUUUUGAAGAACAGAUCUUGGAAGCUGCUAAAUCCAUUGCUGCUGCCACAAGCGCCCUGGUCAAAUCGGCCUCGGCAGCCCAGAGGGAGCUGGUGGCCCAAGGAAAGGUGGGCUCCAUUCCCGCCAACGCUGCGGACGACGGACAGUGGUCCCAGGGCCUGAUUUCUGCCGCCCGGAUGGUGGCAGCUGCGACCAGCAGUCUCUGCGAGGCGGCCAAUGCCUCUGUCCAGGGGCACGCCAGCGAGGAGAAGCUCAUCUCGUCUGCCAAGCAGGUCGCUGCUUCCACGGCUCAGCUGCUAGUGGCCUGCAAGGUGAAGGCCGAUCAGGAUUCAGAGGCCAUGAGGCGGCUACAGGCAGCAGGAAAUGCUG